AUGGAUAUUAAAGACAAAGCCAGAAAAAGAGCCCUAUUUUUACACACCGCGGGAUUCAAGGUGCAAGACAUUUUUGAAACGUUAGAGGAAACAGGAGACGAUUUUGAAACGGCGGCUUCGAAGCUUGCAGAAUAUUUUCAACCCAAAAGGAACAAUCUUUACAACAUAUACCAACUCAGACAAAUCCAACAAGAACAAGACGAAACCAGCGAUGAUUAUUGCACAAGAUUAAAGCAAGCAGCGAGAUUAUGUGAAUUCCCAGAGGGCUGGCAAGACACCGAAAUACAAUUGCAGAUCAUAGAUAAAGGAAAAUCGAAAAGACUACGACGACAAUUGCUGAGUAAAGAACAUACGCUACAAGAAGCGCUUGAGUUCGCAAGAGCACAAGAGAUAGCAGAUAGCCAAGCAUCGACGAUCGAGAAAGGACUUAAAAAUGCUUCUUUUGUGGUGGAAAAUUCCCGCAUCAAGGUGGAAGGACCAAAUGCCCAGCCCCCAGGAUGUAAAAUAUGUAACAAAUCCAACCACUUCGCAAAAUGUUGUAAAAGUUCAAACAGACUAAAGGCGGUAAGAAGGAUCGAGAAGGAAGAUAAUGACAGCGUAUCAGACAGUAGUGACGAUAUAUCGGUUUACAAUGUCGGGGCAGUAAGCGCUGGGGCAGUAGAACCUGAGCGUAGACCAGUUCGAACGAUAAAGAUAGACAACAGUAAGAUAGAUGUCCUGGUAGAUACGGGAGCCACGGCAAACAUCAUAGACGAGGAAGCGUUUAGGAAAUUAUACCCAAAAGGACAGACAUUAAGAAAAGUAAAGAGCAUCAUGCAACCAUACCACACAGAGGAAAAUCCAACUCCACCAUUACGUAUUAUUGGCAAAUUCGACGCGAUGAUUGAAUCCGAGACAAGAUUGGUGUCAGCAACAUUUUACGUGGUAAAGGGAAAGACAAAAACAGAGCCAUUGCUUAGCUACCAAACUGCCCAAGAACUGAACAUGAUUAAGGUUGUAACGGCAGUAAAGGAGCAACCCUCAAGAGUGGAGGAAUUAUUGACGACUUAUAACGAUAGAUUCGAAGGUAUUGGGAAAAUGAAAGGAGUAAAAGUCGACCUCAAUAUCGACACAGAAGUUAAACCAGUCGCACAACCACUUCGGCGGAUACCGUUUAGUAUACGUCCGAAGAUAGAAGAAGAGUUGAAAAGGCUGGAGGAGAAAGAUAUCAUAGAGAAAAUAGAUAAACCUACUAGUUGGGUGUCCCCCACAGUAAUCACCCCCAAGAAGAAUCCAAACGAAAUACGUCUCAACGUCGAUAUGAGAGUAGCUAAUAGUGCCAUCUCCCGAGUGAACAGCAUUACGCCAACGAUCGAAGAAGUGAUACAUGAAUUAAAUGGAGCGGAAGUCUUUUCCCACCUAGAUAUGAACCAUGGAUACCACCAGUUGGAGCUUGAAGAAAACAGCCGUGAUAUAACAACCUUCACGACACAUACCGGAUUCUACAGGUAUAAGAGACUCAACUAUGGGACGAAAUCAGCUGGUGACAUAUUUCAAAACAAAAUACGGGAAGAACUGACCCAGCACAUACCAGGCGUUAUUAAUAUCAGCGACGAUAUACUGGUAUCGGGGAGAAAUCAACAGGAGCACGACGAAAGACUAGAACUACUUCUUGAAACAGCGAAAGAUAAACAGGUUACUUUCAAUAAAUCGAAGUGCGAAUUUAGCAAAGACAAGUGUUUAUAUUUCGGGUUAGUAUUCUCGAAGGACGGAGUAAGCCCAGACCCGGGCAAAGUUCAGGCAAUCAAAACAACAUCUCCACCACGGAAUGCCAAGGAACUUAAUUCAUUUUUAUGCACAGUGCAGUAUAACGCUAGAUUUAUGAAAAGAUUUGCACCUUCGACUGAAAAAUUGAGGAGCCUUUUGAAAGACGAACAUUUUAAAUGGGAAACUGAACACCAGAGAGCAUUCGAAAACUUAAAAAAAGGAUUGUGUGACGAGACCAGCCUAGUGUACUUCGAUCCCAAGGCGGAACACGAAGUUCACGUAGAUGGGUGUCCUCUGGGGAUAUCAGCAACACUGGUGCAAAGAAGUGACAAAGAGGGACCGUGGCGAGUAGUACAAUACGCAAACCGCUCGUUGACAGAUACAGAAAGCAAGUACUCACAGAUUGAGCUGGAAACUCUGGCUGUAGAUUUCGCAUGUAAGAAAUUUCACCUGUAUUUAUACGGAAUACCUUUUACAAUAAUCACGGACCACAAACCAUUAGAAGCAAUCAUAAAUAAUCCAAGACAUCAAACCUCAAUACGGCUACAGAGAAUCUUGGUAAGGAUUGUGGACUACGAUUUCAAGGUAGAAUACAGGCCGGGAAAGAGCAACAUAUCCGAUUAUACUUCAAGGCACCCGCUACCGCGUAAGGAGUGUACCAAGCAAGAGCUAAGUACAAGUAAGGAAGUAAAACAAUAUGUGAACUAUAUUCUCCAAAAUGACGUGCCUAUCUCGAUUAGUAUAGAGGAAAUGAAGCAAGCUGUGAAAGAAGACCCAGCAAUGAGAAAACUGUCGCAAUGCAUAAAAAGAGGACAAAUGGUGAAUACAGAGGAUAUCAGUGGAUAUAAAAACGUAUUCCAGGAACUGGCAUUGGUGGACGACCUGAUCAUGCGAGGUGAAAGAAUGGUAGUCCCAGACAAGUUGCAGAAACGAAUGAUACAGAUUGCCCACGAAGGACAUCAAGGAGUAGUACGAACUAAACAAAUGCUCCGUGCACACGUCUGGUUCCCGGGAAUAGAUGCAGCAGUGAAAAACUACACGGACAAGUGUUUGGGAUGUCAAGCAACUACGCCAUUGAAUAACAGAGAGCCACUACAAAUGACCGAACUACCAGAUGGACCAUGGGAAAAAGUCAGCAUGGACUUCGCGGGACCCUUACCAAACAAAGAUACGAUAUUGGUAAUGUGGGAUCAAUAUGCCAAAUACCCAGUAGUCGAAUUCGUCACCACAACAUCGGCAGAAACAACAAUACGUGCGCUGGAACGUAUCUUCACUACAUAUGGUACUCCAAAAGAGAUAAAGACAGAUAAUGGACCACCAUUCAACUCGGGAAAAUUUUCAGAAUUUGCAAAAACGCUGGGUUUUAAACACCGGAAAGUUACUCCAAAAUGGGCCGAGGCAAAUGGUGAUGUCGAAAGAAUGAUUCAAAUCAUAAAAAAAAGUGCGAAGAUAGCGAAAAUAGAAGGAAAGAACAUCCGACAGGAAAUUCAAAAAACAAUCAGAAGCUAUCGAGACACGCCACAUGGAAACACCGGAGAAACCCCCAACAAGUUGAUCUUUGGGAGGGAACUGAAUGGUCGUCUACCACCUGGAAUGGCGAAGAAGACAGUAUCUGAUGCAACCAUCCGACAAAGAGACGCAACUGCCAAACAAAAGUGCAAGGCCUAUGCAGACAGCAGGAGACAUACCAAAGCGAUACGAUCGUGA